AUGAGCACUGGAAGCGGUGGGAAACGCGGUUACGACGUGAUCGAUCUCACCGAUGAUGAGCCACCGGCCAAGAUCCAGCGCCAUGCCGCCAACUACAACGCUCAGCGGAGACCCAACCCGAGCCAGAACGACGCCUCCUCGUAUCUGACACCGCCCGCUAGCAGCGCGCCACGAUGGUCUCAAGAGUCGAACAACAGCUUUGUCUACCCCCAGGCAAGCAGUCAACAACACAGCCGAGCGGAGCGAGAGGCGUGGCUAGCCCCACGAAAUGACCGUGCGAGGAUCGACCUUGUGGAAGAGGACGACGAUGACGAUGAUUACUUCGCCGCAAUUCCAUCCACGCAAGCUGCAUCGGUGAACACGGAGUCCCUGCAUCAUUACGGCGACUUGCCGACGAAGAUUGUCGGUGUACAAUACUACCGUGGAUACGCGAGUGCUGGGGAACAGGUUCUGUUCAAACGCGAGCCUGGAAAUCCAUACGAUCGCAAUGCCAUCCGGUGUGAUAACGUGGCUAAUACUCAAAUGGGGCACAUCCCACGACGCAUCGCCGCUAAGCUCUCCAAGUUCAUGGACAAUAGCUUUCUCCACGUCGAAGGGGAGCUCGCCGGCGAGAUGGGCCAAUUCGACUGUGCUAUCUCGGUGCGUAUGUACGGGCCAGAUCCUCAAUCAGAAGAAGGUGUUCUGCUUGCCGCGGAGAUGAAGGCGGAGAAACUUCCUCUCAACGGACUGAAAGCGGCGGAGAAAGAAGAGCAAGCCCGCGAGAAGGCGAAGAAAGAAGCCGAGAAGAAGCGCCAACGCGAAGAACAGCAACGCAUUGCUGAGGCCCGUCGUGCCGCUGCUUUGGGAGGCACAGGAUUGGGCGCUCGUUCGAUGGCUCCGCCCAGUCAAAACGGAUGGUCGAAUUCAUCUCAAGCCGGACCAAACGCACAGCCGGUCAUGGCAGACAUCCUGGAAGCCUCUCAGCGUUUCAAUCCUCGUGAGAUCGGCCACGCUACCGACCAAUAUGGCAACAAGGAGGAAGCACUCAAAAACAUGCCACUGGCCGACCAGCCAAAAGGUAUUCGGACGCAAAUGCUACCCUAUCAGCUACAAGCUCUGAGCUGGUUACUUGACCGAGAACAUCCACAGCUUCCCCCUCCUGGCUCAAAGCAAGCCGUGCAGCUGUGGAAGCGAAGCGAUCGUCAAGGCCUCUUUACCAAUUUGGCGACGACUUUCUCAGUGAAAGAGCCGGUCUUGACGGCUGGCGGCAUUCUCGCCGACGACAUGGGCUUGGGCAAAACGAUUGAGAUGAUUGCACUGCUGGCCGCCGACAAGGAGAAGUCUGGUCAAAAGUGCCACACCCUCAUCGUUGCGCCACUCUCUGUUCUUUCCAAUUGGAAGACGCAGAUCGAGACACAUUGCCAUGAGAACAGUAAGCUGAGCGUCUACAUCCACCACGGUGCCGGCCGUGUAGCUUCAGCGCCAGCGGAUUUCCAACAGUACGAUGUUGUUGUCACGACCUACCAGACUCUCGCGACCGAGUACAUGCCUAAAGGCAAGAACAGCGCGAGCAAGCAGCCGGAGCGUAAGCUUCGUUCUUCCGGGCUCUACAGCGUUCACUGGAAUCGAGUCAUCCUCGACGAGGGUCAUGUCGUGCGCAAUCCCGUGUCGAAAGUCGCCGGUGCUGUCACAGCUUUACUUGCACGAUCGAAAUGGGCACUCACUGGCACGCCGAUUGUGAACAGUCUGAAGGACCUGUAUUCGCUUCUUCGCUUCAUCGGAAUCACUGGCGGACUCGAAAACCUGGAGAUCUUCAAUCGUGUUCUCGUUCGCCCUCUCAAACAAGGCGAUCCCAGCGCCACAUUUCUCCUGCAAGCAAUCAUGACCGCCUUUACACUCCGUCGACGCAAGGAGAUGGCUUUUAUUGACCUACGUCUGCCCAAACUGGACGAGUUCGUGCAUAGGAUCGACUUCACAACGAAAGAGAGAGAACGAUACGACGCGCUGAACGCCGAAGCUCAGGGCCUCCUUCAACGCUAUGAGAACAAGGCCGGCCAGCAGGGCAAAGGCGCUGGAGAGGCCUUUCAACAUCUCUUGGAGAUUCUACUGCGAAUGCGCCAGUGUUGUAAUCACUGGCAGCUAUGCGGGGAGCGGAUCACUAACCUUCUUGCCCAACUCGAGGAGCAGAAGACAGUAGACUUGACGCCGGAGAACAAGAAGGCGUUGCAGGACAUCUUGCAGCUGCGCAUUCAAAGCCAAGAAGACUGCGCGAUCUGUCUGGACACGCUGCACAGUCCAGUAAUCACCACCUGCGGCCACUCUUUCGGUCAAGACUGCAUUAGCAAGGUUAUCGAGACCCAGAAGCGUUGUCCCAUGUGCAGGGCGGAGUUGAAGGAUGAUACAUGUCUGGUGCAGCCUGCCAAUGAGUGCGGUGACGACAUUGCCGACGAUGAGAUGGAUCUCACGCAGUCGAGCAGCAAGCUGGAGGCGAUGAUGGAGAUCCUCGCAGCUACAAAGUCGGAGAACGGAAAGACGAUCAUCUUCUCGCAGUGGACGCGCUUCCUCGACAUCGUGCAAGCUCGACUGGAUCGCGACGGCUACACCUACUGCCGCAUCGAUGGGACCAUGCCGGCCGCCAAGCGUGACGAAGCACUGCGCGCCCUGGCCGAAGAUUCGGAAUGCACCGUCAUGCUGGCCUCGCUCGGCGUCUGCGCUGUGGGACUGAACCUCACCGCGGCGAAUCAAGUCAUUCUCUCCGACACCUGGUGGGCUCCUGCAAUUGAAGACCAGGCUGUUGACCGCGUGCAUCGCCUGGGUCAGAAGAAGGAGACGAGAGUCUUUCGUUUGGUCAUGGACAAGAGUAUUGAAGACGAGACGAUCCGGGUGCAGCAGGAGAAACGCAAACUCGCUCAACUCGCCUUCUCUGAGCGCGCGGGUAAGCGGGAGAACGCGAAGACAGGGCGUUUGGCGGACAUUCAGAGGCUGCUGCGCCCGGCUGUCAGCAAGGAGGCGAACAAGGACAAGUAG